GCUGGGAGGUGUCUGUCACACUGUACACUGACAGAAUGCAUCCUUAUCACUGUUAAACAUUAACUGUGUGACUGGGCUGGCUCCAAUGGGUUCCAAUGGCUCUGCCCCAGGAAUAUAAAUCCUGUCAAAUCAUUCCUCAUUUAUUGAGCGGAAGGAGGAGCCCAGUGUUUUUAUAUUCGCAUCGUUCUGUCUCCCGUCUUUUGGCCCAGCAGUAUUCCACCUCGCUGCUGCCACAAGUUGGACUUUACCAAGUGUAACAAGUACAGUAACGGAAACUCCUAUUGCAGAUUCUAAACAUGGAGCAGGAGCAGAAGACUGUGGUGAAUGGUUCAGCCGACGUCACUGUUGCCAUAUCGGACCCCAAUUCAAACAGUAAAGAAAAGAAAGGAUUUUUCUCAAGAUUCAAAAAAAAAGAAAAAACUGAGAAACCCCCAACGGUUGGAGUGUUUACUAUGUUUCGCUAUUCUAGUACAUCGGAUCGGAUUUUAAUGCUGUUCGGUACCAUAGCAUCGAUUUCCCAUGGGGCUGCUUUGCCGCUAAUGAUGAUUGUGUUCGGGGACAUGACAGACAGCUUUGUUAAUGUCGGACAGGUUGGUUCAGGGAACUUUUCGUUGGAAGCUUUGAUAAAUGCCUCAAGAAACCUGCAGGAACAAAUGACCACAUAUGCCUACUACUAUUCAGGCUUGGGAUUUGGAGUGCUUCUUUUUGCCUACGUUCAGAUUUCCUUCUGGACACUCUCAGCAGGCAAACAGAUUAAAAGAAUUCGGAGCAACUUUUUCCAUGCCGUGCUGCGGCAGGAGAUUGGAUGGUUUGAUGUGAACGACGCAGGAGAACUGAACACGAGACUCACAGAUGAUGUUUCCAAAAUUAACGAAGGGAUUGGUGAUAAAAUUGCAAUGCUGCUGCAAUCAUUAACUACAUUUGUGACUGGCUUUAUUAUUGGCUUUGUUAAAGGAUGGAAGCUAACUUUGGUUAUCUUGGCUAUUAGUCCGGUUAUGGGAUUUUCCGCUGCUAUCUGGGCAAAGGUAUUGUCCGCAUUCACCAACAAAGAGCUGAAAGCCUAUGCCAAAGCUGGGGCUGUUGCAGAAGAGGUUCUUUCCUCUAUAAGGACUGUGUUUGCCUUUGGCGGUCAAGAUAAAGAAAUAAAAAGGUAUGAAAAAAAUCUGGAGGAAGCGAAAAGAAUAGGAAUCAAAAAGGCAAUAACUGCCAAUGUGUCCAUUGGAUUUGCUUUCCUAAUGAUAUACGCAGCCUAUGCACUGGCCUUUUGGUAUGGUACCACCCUGAUUAUAAAUGGAGGUUAUACCAUUGGCUCUGUCCUCACUGUAUUCUUUGCCGUCAUCAUUGGUGCUUUUGCUGUCGGACAAACCUCACCAAAUGUUGAAGCUUUUGCCAAUGCCAGGGGGGCAGCAUACACGAUAUUCAACAUAAUUGAUAAUCAACCCAAAAUAGACAGCUUUUCUAAAGAAGGCUUGAAACCCGACAAGAUUAAAGGAGACAUAGAAUUCAAAAAUGUUAAAUUCACAUAUCCAUCCAGAACAGAUAUUCAGGUUCUGAAGGGCUUGAACCUUAACAUACCAAGUGGUAAAACCGUGGCUUUAGUUGGAAGCAGUGGCUGUGGGAAGAGUACAACAGUUCAGCUCAUCCAGAGGUUCUAUGAUCCUGAGGAAGGCGUUAUCACUCUUGAUGGACAAGACAUUCGUUCUUUGAAUAUCAGGUACUUAAGGGAGAUCAUAGGAGUGGUAAGCCAGGAACCAAUUUUAUUUGAUACCACAAUUGCUGAUAAUAUUCGCUAUGGUCGGGAAGAUGUCACAAUGGAGGAAAUUGAAAGAGCAACCAAAGAAGCAAAUGCAUACAACUUUAUCAUGAAACUGCCUGAUAAAUUCGAAACUCUUGUGGGAGAGCGAGGCACGCAGCUCAGUGGGGGACAGAAGCAAAGGAUCGCUAUUGCCAGGGCAUUGGUCCGCAAUCCCAAAAUUCUCCUUCUAGAUGAGGCAACAUCUGCUCUGGAUACAGAAAGUGAAUCUGUGGUCCAGGCUGCUCUGGAUAAGGCAAGAGAGGGCCGUACCACAAUUGUAGUGGCCCAUCGUUUGUCCACUAUAAGAAAUGCAGACGUGAUCGCUGGCUUUGAUAACGGUGUCAUCGUUGAACAAGGAGGCCAUAAGGAACUUAUGGAUAAAGGAGGAGUGUACUUCAAUCUGGUCACACUGCAGACAGUAGAAACCAGUAAAGACACCGAAGAGAAUUUAGAACUCAACUUGUCUGAGAAAAUACCCUUGAGUCAUACUAGUUCCAACCUGGUCAGGAGGAAGUCCAGCCGGCACACAAUAAAGAAAGUCACAGAAACAGACAAUAAGGAAGAAGUGGAUGAAGAGGGAAAGAAAAAGGAGGAUGGCCCCCCACCUGUCUCAUUUUUGAAAGUUAUGAGGCUGAACAAGACAGAGUGGCCCUAUUUUGUGGUUGGAAUUAUCUGUGCAAUGAUAAACGGUGCCACUCAGCCUGCAUUUGCCAUCAUCUUCUCCAAGAUUAUCGGGGUGUUUGCAGGGCCAGCAUCAGAAAUGAGAGCUAAAAGCACCAUGUACUCUUUGCUGUUUUUGGCACUUGGUGGGAUAUCCUUUAUUACAUUUUUCCUGCAGGGAUUCACCUUUGGGAAAGCUGGAGAGAUUCUUACAAAGAGGCUGCGACUGUGGAGUUUCAAAUCAAUGUUAAGGCAGGAAAUCGGCUGGUUUGAUGACACCAAGAACAGUACGGGAGCACUGACAACAAGGCUUGCCACUGAUGCAUCACAAGUUCAAGGGGCAACAGGAUCCAGGCUGGCUUUGCUUGCUCAGAAUAUAGCUAAUCUGGGCACUGCCGUUAUCAUAUCAUUCAUUUAUGGAUGGCGUUUGACCCUUCUCAUUUUGGCGAUUGUUCCAAUCAUUGCUGCUUCAGCCCUAGUGCAACUGAAAAUGUUUGCUGGACAUGCAAAAAAAGACAAAAAGGAACUUGAAAAAGCAGGAAAGAUUUCAACCGAUGCUGUUUUGAAUAUCAGAACAGUUGUCUCCCUGACCCGAGAGAGGAAAUUUGAGGCAAUGUAUGAGAAAAAUCUGGAAGGGCCUUACAGGAAUUCUAUCAAGAAAGCCCAUCUCCAUGGAUUAACCUACGCUCUGUCUCAAGCCAUCAUGUACUUUGCAUAUGCCGGGUGUUUCCGCUUCGGGGCCUAUUUAGUAGCAGAACUCUUAAUGACGCCAGACGAUGUUUUUCUGGUCUUCUCAGCCAUUGUGUUUGGCGCCAUGGCCUUGGGCCAGACCAGCUCCUUUGCCCCUGACUAUACCAAAGCCAUGAUUUCAGCGGCUCAUAUAUUCAGCUUGUUGGAGAGAGUCCCACUGAUUGACAGCUACAGCAAGGAGGGAGAGAAACCACAAAACUGUGGCGGGAACGUGCAGUUCCAAGGGGUUCAAUUUAAUUACCCAACCCGGCCAGAUAUCACAGUGCUGCAGGGGCUGGAUAUCUCUGUAAAGCAAGGGGAAACGCUGGCUCUGGUGGGCAGCAGCGGCUGUGGCAAGAGUACGACCGUGUCACUACUGGAAAGAUUCUAUGACCCGUUUGGUGGAGAAGUGCUUGUAGAUGGCCACUCUGUGAGGGACCUGAACAUCCAGUGGGUGAGGGCGCAGAUGGGAAUUGUGUCCCAGGAGCCCAUUUUGUUUGACUGCAGCAUUGGGGAAAAUAUUGCCUACGGAGAUAACAGCAGAGAAGUGACCCAAGCAGAGAUAGAGACAGCAGCUAAGGAAGCAAACAUCCACAGCUUCAUCGACACUCUUACUGAUAAAUACAACACCCGUGUGGGAGAUAAAGGCACCCAAAUGUCAGGGGGACAGAAGCAGCGUAUCGCUAUAGCAAGAGCUCUGGUUCGGAAACCCAAAAUCCUUCUGUUGGACGAGGCUACCUCUGCGCUGGACACAGAAAGUGAAAAGGUUGUACAAGAAGCACUGGACAAAGCCAGAACGGGCCGCACAUGUAUUGUCAUCGCCCACCGACUAUCCACCAUUCAGAAUGCAGAUAAAAUAGCAGUCAUACAAAAUGGAAAGGUUGUAGAGCAAGGGACACAUCAGCAGCUCCUUCAGCUCAAGGGCGUUUACUACACUUUAGUGACUAUACAGCUGGGCCACUCGUGAGAGAGAAGUGCCAUUUCCAACCCAAAACCGCCUAGGAAACGCCACUAGGAAAGGUGGAUACUGUUUCCUGCCCCAUUGCUGCUAAACAGUAAGGAAUCUACUGCUCUGUCACUUGUGACUACUACGGAUGGGAAAAAAGAAACCUUUGUUUUUGUUAUUUCAGGGAAUGUAUACUAAUUCUUUGCCUUAUCAAUACUUUUGUAUACAAUUCUUAUUUUUCUAUAUACGUUACCUCAGUUCUUUGAUAAUUAUUUUUAUGUGAUGCGGGUCAAGCACUCCAACUUACGUUCCAGGUAUUUGUUUGUUUUUACUAUAAUCAAGCAAGUCCUUGAUUAAAGUUUGCUUAAACAACCCUUGGCCUUUUUGUCAUGCCUUGUUCUCCCUCCCUCCCUCUCUCUCUCUCUCUCUCUCUCUCUCUCUCUCUCUCUCUCUCUCUCUCUCUCUCUCUAUAUAUAUAUAUAUGUAUUCAUGCAAACGUAUGCCUAUAGGUGGGUAUGAUUUGAUCUGCAGUUUGUGUGUCUGGGUAAGUGUUUCACAUGUACUGUAUGAUUAAACACCUGGACCGCCAUAGGACCCUAUGUAUCACCAAUUCAUUCUGAUGAUUCAGCAUUGCUUAAAAAAAAUGAAAAAAAAAUCAGUGUAAAACCAGUAAAUGAAACCAAGGACACAUGGUU